AUGCUAUAUGAAAUGAUAUAUGUACCAUACCUAUACACCCUUUUGUAUCAUAUUAUUAUAAAUUUGUUUCCCAUUCGAAUAGUUAGUGGAAUCUGUUUAAAUAAGAAUUCUUAUGCCUUUUUACACUUAAAUUUAACAAAUUCACAUUUAAUAACAAGUAAACAACAAUUUAGAGUAGUAGAAGGGUUUAGUAAUAUACAUAAAACAAAUUUAAAUACAAUGAGAAAUGGCAUUGUUUCUCAUUCUAAACCUUCCCUACAGAUCGCACCCAUGCUUGAUGUAACAUAUCUUCAAUUUAGACAAUUCAUGAGGUUACUUACUCGCAAAACACAAUUAUGGACUGAAAUGUUUGUUGCCUCAUCCCUAAUUAAUGCUUCCGAAGAAUCGGUAUCUCGAUGGCUAAAGUUUGAGGAAAAUGAACACCCAAUUGUAGCUCAACUAGGAGGGAAUUGUCCAGAAACACUCGUUGAGGCUGGUCGGAUUCUUAAAAAAUUCGGCUACGAUGAAAUAAAUUUGAACGUAGGAUGCCCUAGCCCAAGAGUAUCAGGGAAAGGUUGUUUUGGAGCUUCACUUAUGCGUGAAAAGGAGCUUGUUAGAGAUAUUGUACACAACAUGAUUAAGGAAUUGGAGAUUCCAGUGACUGUUAAGACGAGAUUAGGCGUUGAUGAGUCGGAUUCUUAUGAGUUUGUUAAGGAUUUCGUUUCAACAGUUUCCCAGUCAGGUUGCGAACACUUCAUCAUUCACUCACGAAAGGCCUGGUUAAAGGGAAUAAACCCUAAGAAAAACAGGACUGUACCCCCGCUCCAGUAUGAAAAGGUAUUCCGUUUACAACGGGAUUUUCCUCACCUGAAAUUUACUAUUAACGGAGGAUUUAAGACAAUGGAGUCGAUUUUGGAUGCUCUAAACUCUGAAAAUGUCGACACUGAUAACAAUCCUCACAAGUUAAACGGAGUGAUGAUAGGAAGGCUGGCCUACGAAAACCCAUGUAUAUUAUCGAAUGUUGACAAAAUCAUCUACGGAGUUGAGAAUCCUGAUACAUGUUAUACCAGGAGGAUACUUUUAGAGGUAUUUUACCUUAAAUUUAUAGCUAAUUUUCAGAACUACGCAAACUACAUUGAUGAAAAUGUUGAAGAAACUGCUAAUAUGAACAUUUCCCUGAUUGUUAAACCUAUUUUAGGUGUCUUCCACGGAGAACAGGGCAACAAGAUUUUCAGACGUAAGUUUUAA